AUGCCACUUCUGUCCGAACUAAAACUUAUGGUGUAUUUGUUUGGAUGCCCUGAAAUGGUAGAUUUAUUUGCUUCUACCCCGGUAAUUGCUAAAGGUGGUGAUGUCCCUAUCAUGCUCCCCCUUCAGGAGUUGAUAUUUAUCAAUUUAACUUCUUUUAUCUAUAGUGAUUUGGAGAUGAAGCGUGUUCUUAUUUACCUAAUCAAUACUUCCCCCAACUUGCGUGAGCUCUCAAUUAAGCGCUGCUCUUCCGGACAAUGUAGCAGGCAGAGCUUGUUGGAAACUGUCGCUUGGCCCCAAACCGGUUGCUGUUUGCAGCGUCUUAAAUUGUUUGAAAUUGAUGAUACCCUUGGUAAAGGAGUUGAUCUUGAGCUAGUGAGGUUCGUCCUAGCCACGGCCCCACUACUGUUGAGGAUUCGAAUAAAGCCUUUUCAACAGCUGUGCCCCAAAUUGGUCAUCAAAUUCAUGAAGGAAGUAAUGCAGUACAAGCGUAUUUCCAGAGAAGCACAAGUCUUUUAUGACUGGAAUGACGAGCAGGAUUGA